AUGGACCGCGUUGGCCAAUUGGUCACCAGAGUGCCUCCAGUAACCCGAUACUGGUUGUUACUGAUUAUUGCAUCUGCUACCCUCACAUCUUUAGGAUGGUGUAGUUCCAAGCAACUUUUAUUUACGCCUCAAAGAACUUUCUGGUCUCAGCCGUGGCGUCUCAUCACUGCGUUUUGUCAUUUUGAAGGUCUUUCGUUCAGUCUUUUGGUUCGAGUAUACUAUAUGAUGGGAUCGGCGCUGGAUCUAGAGAGCAAAUUUACCACUCCGUUAUCCAUGUUUCCUCCACGCCGAAUGGCCCGAUUAAGUGAGUCAAAACAUGCUACGCUACGGGCAAUGGUGGAAGCCUACAAAAUCCCAGAUUACUUGUACUACAUGGCAUCAAUUGCUGCUCUGAUAAUUGUCGUCGUCACCAUCGGUUACUACAAACUUGGAAUCAAUGUAAGCGAAUUGAGCACAGUUCUCGAUUCUGUAAUAUGGUAUAUCUGGUGCCGUCAGAACCCUCAGUCUCCGGUGGUGAUUUUUGGGCUUUUCAGCAUUCCAGGAGCUUAUGUUCCUUGGUGCUUAACUGUGAUGCACGCUAUCACGCAAAUUGACUUUGCUCAUCAGGUUUACGCUUCACUUCUGCUUGAGGCGUCGGCUGUCCGCCUGGCGGUGUACAUGCCGUUCCUCUGGAACGAAUUUGUCAACUACACCGUGGGCCAUUUUUGGUGGUUCUCCAGAGACUUUUUGCUUGCGAAUGUCUACUUUGACAAAAACGAAGAACGCCGAAAAAUCGCAUGGUCUGAGACCAGACAGACCCAGCGGGAGUACGCGGGCCGCGGACCGCUUACCACCAGCGAUUUGCUUCGAUUAUUCAUGCUUCCGCCAUGGUACUGGAGUAUCUUAAAUCGGGUAGAGGCGAUGCCGGAAAGCGACGAAAACGACGAAAAUGAACAAAACCAAAACGACCAAAACGAUCAGAACGACCAGACUGACGAGAUCAGUCAGUUUGAGCAGAACGACCAGAUCGAACAUAAUGAGAACGACCGGCAUGUGCUUAAUGGAAAUGAAAAUCAAGUACAAGUACAAGUACAAGAAUGA